AUGCAGGCCACUCACAAGGGGACUCCGUUAGAUCUGGAUGAUGUAGUUGUGGAGGAGGCUUCGGAUGACGAACACCAGGAUGGGGAGGAGGAGGCAGCGGUCCCUUUGUCGCUGCUUGCUACCGCAGGGCAGCAGGAGCCUGGUGCAGUGGUGGAGCAGAUGGUGAAAGACGCUAUUGCCUCGGCUGCGGAGGCGAUCUUUGAUGACCUUGCCGACAAGGUGGCUGCGGUGGCGAUUGAUGACGAGACCGCUUCGUCGGUGCGCAUGCAGCAGGAGCAGGUUGCAAUAUUAGAAUUGAAUCUUUCUCCACGCAAAGCUGCUCCUCCCUUGGCGGCCAUGGAGGCGCUUAAACGCCGGCGUGGCGACUUGAAAAAGAGACAGCCUGGGGUGGUCGCGGCCUCGCCAGGGUUCUGUGAACCCAAAAUGGAUGCUUCUCGUUUUGAUUGGAUUCGCCAGAGGUUGGGCUUUGAUGGUUGUUGUCCUACCAAUGAUGGCCGCCUUGUUGUUUUUUACUCUAGUGAAUUUUCUUGCUCUAUUGUGGGUCAAUCUUCUCAGUAUUUGGCCCUUCGCGUGACGCACUCUCAGAUGAGUACUGAGGUGGUUGGGGUCUUUGUGCAUGCGGCCUGCUCAGUCAGUGACUGCCGUGAGCUUUGGGCGGACUUACGUGCUUUGCAGGUGUUGGGUCUUCCUCUUCUCUUUCAUGGUGACUUUAAUGUAAUCUUGUAUGCGGAGGAGAAGAGAGGAGGUCUGCCUUUUCGCAGGGCUGAGUCGGAGGACUUUCAUGCUUUCAUUCAGGAUUUGGACUUAACAGAUGUGGGAUUCUCUGGGAACCAGUUUACGUGGUGUAAUAAUCGUCAGGGUGUGGUGCCUUCAGUUCAUCACUUGGCCCGCACUGCUUCUGACCAUUCUCCGUUUCUGGUUUCUUACUUGAUUUCAAGCUCGUCCUCUCCGAGGAGCUUCCGGUUCCAAGAUGUUUGGCUUCGGCAUGCUAGUUUUAAGGACGUUGUUCAGGAGGCCUGGCUCUCUGGUAGCACUGGCCGACCGAUGCGCCGUUUCUUGCAUAAGUUGAAGGCGGUUAAGGCGGCUUUGACUGUCGAGGAGGAGGUUGCUCAGUUGGAGGCUGAGGCGGCGGCCCGACCAUCCCCGGAGGUGGACUUGCGGCUGGUGCAGGUUUCGUCGGUCUUGAAGGAAGCUUUGGUGAAGGUUCGUAUUCAUCGGCUUCAGACUUCCUCUGGUGCGUGGACUGAUGAUGUAGGUUCUAUUCAUGCGAUGGUGGAGACUUUUUUCUCUGACUUGUUUACCCAGGGGCCAUUGGAUCAGGUGAUGGGGGAUGAAUUAUCUCGAAUCCUGACAAUUUUGUCGGAGGAUGAUAAUCUGGAUUUGGAACGGCUUCCUACUGUUGAGGAGGUUCGAGGGGUGGUCUUCUCUUUGGAUAGGGACAGUUGCUCAGGCCCGGACGGGUUCCCAGGGUCCUUUUAUCAGGCUUGCUGGGAUAUUAUAGGAGGGGACCUCUCAGAUGCAGUCGCGGAUUUCUUUGUUGGUGCUGAUCUCCCGUGUGGGAUUUCGGCCACUUUGUUGGCCUUGAUUCCUAAACAGUCGGCCCCUAAGACCUUUGCCGAUUUUAGGCCGAUUAGUCUUUGUAAUUUCUCGAACAAGAUUAUUUCCAAGAUUCUUGCGGCUCGGCUGGAAAAAGUUCUACCCCGACUCAUUUCCCCUCAGCAAAGUGGUUUUGUUAAGGGAAGGGCCAUUUCUGAUAACAUUCUGCUUGCUCAGGAGAUGAUCUCUAGGAUUGGGAGAAAGGUCCGGGGUUCUAAUGUGGUUUUGAAACUGGACAUGGCCAAGGCCUAUGACAGGGUAUCGUGGAUGUUUCUGCUAUCUGUUAUGCGGAAAUUCGGGUUUGGUGAGGCUUGGUUGGACAUGGUUUGGCGUUUGGUUUCCUCCUGUCAUUUUUCAGUGUUGAUCAAUGGUGGUCCGGUCGGGUUUUCAGGUCCACUAAGGGUUUGCGGCAGGGUGAUCCGCUGUCUCCAGCGCUUUUCAUCAUUAUGGCGGAGUUCCUGUCCCGCGGUCUGGAGUCUCUUCCGCUCUCUAGUGGUUUCAUCCCUUAUUCGGUUCCUUCGGGAGGGUCCUCCCUGUGCAUCUGGGCGAGUGUCUGGUCAGUUGGUUAAUGCCUCGAAGAGUUGUUGUUUACUCUCUAAGAAGGUUUCUGGUCUUCGCAGUCGGAGGGUUGCGGAGGAAACGGGUUUUGCUCGUAAGUCUUUGCCUAUCACGUAUUUGGGGUGCCCCUUGUAUGAGGGUCGGCGAUCUAAGUCCUUGUUUGCUGGGAUCAUAGAUAAAGUUCAGGCUCGUUUGCUGUCCUGGCAGAAUCGGUGGCUUUCCAUGGGGGCGCGGCUGAUUCUUAUUCGGCAUGUGCUUACGUCCAUUCCAGUUCACUUGCUUGCAGUCUUGGAACCCACUCGAGGGGCAAUUUGGGAGAUUGAGAGGAUAUUUGCGUGGUUUUUUUGGGGGGAUAACCAUUUUCACUGGUGUGGUUGGUCUAAGGACUCUCUGUGGGCGAGGUUUUUGUCUAGUUUGUACCUUCGGGGAGGUCAUCCUAAUCAGGUGGUGGUUGGUCCGUCGCGUUUAGCGAUCUGUCGGCGGUUGUUCCAAGUUCGUGAGCAGAUGGAAUUACAGAUCCGUUGGGACGUUUCUCUGGGAGAUUGUUAUUUCUGGUGGGAUAAUUGGAACGGAUUGGGCCCUCUUGGCUGGCGGUUUCCAGACCUUUCUUCCGACCAGAAGGUUAGUGACUUUUGUGUUCAGGGGAGUUGGGACUGGGUUCGUCUCUCGUCUUUCCUUCCUACUGAGAUUUUGGAGGUGAUGGGGGAGACUUUUAUGUGUUUUGGGGAUCUGCCAGAUCAGCCUUGUUGGCAGUUGGCAUCCUCGGGCUCUUUCUCCACGGCCUCGGCUUACCAGCUGGUCCGUCGGGCUGGAGUGAAGUCUCUGGUCUUCCGGUCGCUGUGGGAUUCCUCCAUUCCACUUAAGGUUUCUUGUUUUGCAUGGCGUUUGUUUUCCGGUAGGUUGCCUUUGGAUGAUGUGUUACGUACUAGGUGCCGGUUUGCGGGGCCCUCCCAGUGCCCGUUGUGCUUGGCUGCUCAGGAGACGGCUGAUCAUUUGUUUUCCUCCUGCCUGGUGGCCCAGGCUAUCUGGUCAUUUUUUGAGUGUCGGUUGGGGAUUCCGAUGGCUUCUUGCGGCUAUCGGACUAGAUGUAUGACCUGGUGGUCUCAACCUGUGAGUAAGAUGUCGAUUCGACGGUUGUACAGGAUUUUGUCAUUGCUCAUUCUUUGGUUUUUGUGGAAGGCUUCGAAUAAAUGGCGCUUCGAUGGCAUUAAGUGGUCUGUCCAAACCUUGUAUUCCUCUAUAUCUCAUGAGCUUUGGCUUAUUUGUUCUGUCAAGUUUCCUGGGCGUUCACUUCCGCCUGAAUUUGGGGGACUUGUGUCCGUCAUCUCGGGGAUCCAGUGGCCCUUAAGUUCUACUUUGGUUAGUUGGGAAUUCCCGCAGAAUGGAUUUGUCAAGCUUAAUACUGACGGGUCCUCCUCAUCCACGGCCGGUGCUAGUGGUAUUGGUGGGAUUCUCCGACGGUCCGAUGGAUCGUUCCUUGGAGCGUUUGCGGCCAAGUUACCGCUGGUGGAUUCUUUGCAGGCAGAGGCGUAUGCAAUACUUCAUGGACUCCAACUGUGCCAGCAGAUGGGUUUCUCCAUGGGCCAAGUAGAGUCUGACUCGCAGGUUUUGGUUCGUGUGGUGGCAGGGAGUUUUUCGAUUCCGUGGGCGGUACGGCCGCUGAUUAGAGCGAUUCGAGCAAUUUUGCCGUUGGGGGUUCGUCUCUCCCACUGUUUCCGGGAGGCGAAUACGGUUGCUGACUCUCUGGCUGCUGUGGGCGUUGCUUGUAGCGGGCACUUGGAUUAUCCCACUUUGUCUUCUCUUCCACGCUUGUCAAGGUCCCUCUUUGUUUUAGAUAAGGAGCAG